UUUCCAAAGGGCGCGUCAGCCCCGGCGGCUCGUGCCGCGCGCACUCGCACCUCGGGUGGAAGAGUUAAGUAUCAGCCGGCGAUACAAGAGGGGAGUUCGUUGGAGGGCAGAAUCCCAGAGAUCUCUCGACAUCGGAGCUGCACACAGACCCCUCGCCACCCAGUGAUAGCGUUUUAUCGUACAAGAUCGCCGCGUCGGCCGUGGGCUGAGCGACGGAGGCGAAGAUGGACUCCGCGCCCGCCGCAAGGAUGGAGGUCGACGUCGAGGCGCUCGCCGGCCGGCGAGGGACCGACGAUCCCGCUGCGGCUAAGGAACCGGCAUGGAAAAGAUUUUUGCACCACGUUGGGCCAGGCUUUAUGGUCUGCUUGGCCUACCUUGAUCCCGGAAACUUAGAAACAGAUUUGCAAGCCGGUGCCAAUCACAGAUAUGAGCUCCUCUGGGUGAUCCUGAUCGGCCUCAUCUUCGCACUAAUUAUACAGUCAUUGUCUGCUAAUCUCGGAGUAGUGACAGGGCAGCAUCUUGCCGAGCUAUGCAAGACAGAAUAUCCAGUAUGGGUGAGAAUCUGCCUAUGGCUGCUGGCAGAGUUAGCUGUGAUUGCUGCAGAUAUCCCGGAAGUUAUAGGGACAGCUUUUGCUUUCAACCUCUUGUUCCACAUCCCUGUGUGGGUGGGGGUUCUCAUCGCUGGCUCCAGUACACUUCUACUCCUUGGGAUGCAAAGAUACGGGGUUAGGAAGCUGGAGUUUUUGGUUGCACUAUUGGUGUUCAUCAUGGCAGCGUGCUUUUUCGUGGAGAUGAGCAUAGUGAUGCCUUCAGCAAAGGAGGUCAUCAAAGGACUAUUCAUCCCCAAGCUGAGCGGGUCCGGCGCUACUGGAGAUACUAUUGCCCUUCUUGGGGCUCUUGUAAUGCCGCACAAUCUAUUCUUGCACUCUGCCCUGGUACUGUCAAGGAAUACGCCCGCAUCAGUAAGAGGAAUAAAGGAUGCUUGCAGGUUCUUCCUCUUUGAAAGUGGCAUAGCGCUGUUCGUGGCGCUUCUCAUCAACAUCUGCAUCAUCGCUGUCUCUGGAACCGUCUGUAACUCGAGCAACCUCUCACCGGAUGACUCUGCAAAAUGCAGUGACCUCACCUUGGACUCCUCGUCCUUCCUCCUCAAGAAUGUGCUAGGCAGGUCCAGCGCAGUUGUGUAUAGUGUGGCACUAUUGGCUUCUGGACAGAGCUCGACCAUCACUGGCACUUAUGCCGCCCAAUACAUCAUGCAGGGUUUCUUGGACAUCAAGAUGAAACAGUGGCUGAGGAACUUGAUGACUCGCAGCAUUGCCAUUGUACCCAGCUUAAUCGUCUCCAUCAUUGGUGGCUCCAGUGGUGCCGGCCGUCUCAUUAUCAUCGCAUCGAUGAUACUGUCCGUUGAGCUACCAUUUGCUCUCAUCCCACUUCUCAAGUUCAGCAGUAGUAGCAACAAGAUGGGCCAAAACAAAAACUCCAUCUUUAUUGUUGGGUUCUCGUGGGUGCUCGGGUUUGUUAUUAUUGGGAUAAACAUCUACUUCCUCAGCUCAAAGUUAGUUGGCUGGAUCCUCCACAACUCACUGCCGAUUUACGCUAACGUUCUGAUCAGCAUCACGUUGUUCCCUCUUAUGCUGCUCUACAUCUCUGCUGUGAUCUACCUGACGUUCAGGAAGGACACUGUCAAGUUUGUGUAUUGCAAUGAGCUGCAGAACGUUGACAACAAAUCAAAGGUUGCCAACGACACUAGCAAUGACGAAAACAAGGAACAGCUUGUUUAGACUUAUAUUUAUUGUCAGAUUAGUGUUUGUUAAGGACGACAUUGGUUAGUUAGAUACAUUUCUUUCAUUCAAAUUGAUUUUCGAGGUAAAUGUGUCAUUAGCUUUGACAUACGAGUUAUCGUGUUUCUGCAGCCUGCGUUAACGCGUUUUAGGAACUCCUUUAAUGUGUAAUAGUCGAAUUGUUCUCUUAACAAAAAGAAGCCGAUCACUGCAGCUUAAUGUGACAAGAGAACAUUUUACUGUACUAGGUAUUUUUUUGUUUAUUUCUUUCGAGAAACAUGGAAUGAGCUCUGCCAUAAUUAAGAUAGGAGAAG